AUGACAUGCGCUGCAGAAAAUGCUGCCAGCGUCGACCAGUCGCACUUCUGGGACGGUGAAAACCUCAACUGGGAGGCGCACAGGAUCGGGUGGGCCAUUGCUGGCGGAUGUGCCGUCCUGACGUUGAUCAUCACGACGCUCUCGGUCGGCCAGCAUUGUCGGAGCUACACGAAUCCCGCUGAACAGAGACAAAUACUACGAAUCUUGUACAUGCCUGCAAUAUACGCAAUCAUUUCGUUCUUUUCAUAUCGCUUUUUUCGGAGUUACACAUACUAUUCGUUGGUCGAAAUCGCCUAUGAGGCCAUCACCCUCAGUGCAUUCUUGUUAUUGAUCAUAGAAUACGUCGCAGCCACUGCGUCGGGGCACGACGCGCACGCCGCCAUCGAGCGCAAGGACAAGUCCCCUCUUCCUAUUCCCUUCUGCUGCUGGCGGUACAGACCGACCAAGGCCUACUUCAUGUACACAGUCAAAUGGUCCGUCCUGCAGUACGUGAUCAUAAGACCAGCAUGCUCGGUAGCAGGUAUCAUCUGCGAGAAGAUGGGCGUCCUCUGCGAGGCGGAGGGCUUCGACCCGCGCUACGCCCGCGUCUACAUCGAGGCCAUCAACUUCGUCAGCAUCAGUGUCGCGCUGUACGGGCUCCUGCUGUUCUACGACCUGAUGAAGGACGAGCUGCACGGGCGCCGCCCGCUCGCGAAGUUCCUGAGUAUCAAGCUCAUCGUGAUGUUCACGUUCUACCAGUCAUUCGUUUUCACUGCUCUGGAAGGGCACGUCAUACACGAAACGCAGUAUUGGACGGUGUCGAAUAUCAAGAAUGGCCUGAACGCGUUGGCGAUUUGCAUCGAGAUGGUCUUCUUCUCCAUCCUCAUGUGGUGGGCCUACACCCCAAAAGAGUACAAGCGCAAAACGGGCGAGCCUCCGACGAGCGUGUGGCGCCCGCUGUGGGAUAGCAUCAACCUGUCCGACUUCGCCGCCGAGAUCAGCGGCUCCUUCCGCUUCUUCAUCGAGUACCUGCGCGGGAAGCCGCACACGCGCGGGCACGGGCACCGCGCGCUGAACACGUCGGGGCGCCCAAAGAUGGACUUUGGGGAGGCGUUCGGGGUGCGCCCGGGCGUGUACCCUGUGUAUCCCGUCGCGGCGCCGAUGGAUACUGGUUUGGGAGGUGCAGGUGGUUUGGCUGGCUCUGGGGGCGGGGAUGGUUAUGGCGGAGGCGCGGGUGGUACGGCGGGUGGGGCAGGUGGGUAUGGGUACGGGGGAAGGGGGAACGGAAGGGGGAGAGGAGGAGGAGGAGAGGAGGACGCGUACGCGUAUGGGUAUGGUGGGUAUGGGGGAGACCCCGACUCGGAUGCGGAUAAUAUACGGCUGUCGCCGUAUACGUACGCCGGGGUGCCAAAUGCGUCCAGCCCGAACGUGCGGACGUAG